AUGGCGGGCAUCCAACCGUUCCAAAUCAACAUACCCAAGGAAGAAGUCGACCGAUUGAAUCAAAAACUGAAAGACACGAGAUUCCCAGGAGGACCGAUUGUUGCUGAUGCAGGAACUCGCUAUGGCCCACCCUACGAAUGGGCGCAAACCCUCUACAACACCUGGAUAAACGAUUUCGACUGGUAUUCCGUGCAAAACGACAUCAACAAAUACCCCCAGUACACCAAUUCGAUCGAAAACCUCAACAUCUUCUUCCUGCACGCGCGAGCAGAGCGUCCCAACGCGAUCCCGUUGUUAAUGGUACAUGGAUGGCCGGGUUGUUUCUGGGAGUUUAGUCGUGUCUGGGGUCCUUUGUCGUGUCCAUCUGAUGAUGAGGAUAUUGCGUUUCAUGUGGUUGUUCCUAGUUUACCGGGAUUCUGUUGGUCGGAUGGGCCGCAUCGAUCCGGAUGGACGUUGCAGGAUACGGCCAGGGUUUUUGAUCAGUUGAUGAAGAAGCUGGGAUAUCAGGAGUAUAUGGUGCAAUGCGGAGACUGGGGACACUUUGUCGGUCGGGAGCUCGCGUCAAAGUACACGGAUUCGUGCAAGUUGUUGCAUUUCAAUUUCGCUCCUAGUCCGCUACCUCCUGGCGUGGAAUAUACGGAUCGGGAGAAGACCACUGUAGAUCGGGAGAACGACUGGCUUGAGAAUCAUAUUGGUUAUGCUGUGUGUAUGAGGACUCGGCCACACACAAUCGGCCUCGCCCUCCACGACAAUCCCCUCGGCAUCCUCAUGUGGGUAGGCGAGAAGUUCAUCGAAGCUUCCAACCCUGAAAACCAGAGCGAUCCCUCAUGGACUCACGCGAUCCUGACAACCGCAUCGUUAUACUACUUUAGCAACUGCAUCAUGUCGUCUAUGCUGCCGUACUAUGAAAAUGUCGAGCAUGAUAAGUUUGCUGAGUUUGUUGUGCAGCCGGAAAACCGGAUUAAGGUGCCGUUUGGGUAUACGUCGUUCUUUUGGGAUACGGAGCCUUCGUCUCGAAGGGCGGUUGAACGGACGGGGGAGUUGGUGUUUUAUAGAGGUAGCGUGAUGAUGCCGGGCAUUUCGCUGCACUCGAGCACCCGAGUGGACUAG